CCCGGCCCAGACGUUUGCCAACUGGGUGGACGAAAAAUUCCGCCCAUGGAUUUCCAAGACUCCAAGCACGUUCGUUCGUUCGUUCGUUCGUAAUAAUAAUAACCUCACUGCUUGAUGCUGUCUAAAUAAGAAAAAGCUCGCCUCUCAAUAUGGAGAACAGCUGAGCUUUCCAUGAUCCUAUUUUAAUCACCACCACCGCGGUCUACCCCCAAACUUGAGCACAGAAAGCGCACAGCUUCGUCUCUCAAAGUUUCAAUAUCAAACAACCUACGUUUUUAAAUCUUCCUAUCAAUAUCAAGCCCUCUGGGCUAAAACUUUAUAAGAGCGCCUGGCACCACCUGAAAAGGAAGCUGGAACAUGGCCGACGCCGCGCAGGGCGGUGCAGGUGCAGGUAGUGGGAGAUAUGAUCACAUGGGUCCCCAUUUCGACUUCGAGCUCUAUAGAUACAUCCCAUCGCUUCCCGCCGCCAUCAUCAGCGUUGUUGUUUUCGGAUUUUUAACAGCCGCUCAUACCUGGCGAUUGCUGCGUGCGCGGGCUUUCUACUUCACAGCCUUUACCGUCGGCGGUCUAUUUGAAACAAUCGGCUACUGUGGAAGAAUCUGGGGCCAUUAUGACAAGUUCUCCCUCGGCGGCUUCAUCAUCCAGGCCAUUCUCAUCCUCGUUGCGCCCGCUCUAUUCGCAGCCUCCAUCUACAUGAUCCUCGGUCGCCUAAUCCGGACCCUACGCGCCGAACACCUCUCCCUCAUCCCCGUGCAAUGGGUCACCAAGAUCUUCGUCACGGGCGACGUGUUCUCCUUCAGCCUACAGGCCGCCGGCGGCGGCAUCCAGGGCGGCAGGAGUCUGAAGCUGUUCGAGCUAGGGGAGAAGAUCAUCGUGGCCGGCCUGUUCACGCAGAUUUCCAUCUUCGGCUUCUUCGUGGUCACGACCGUCCUGUUUCACCUCCGGGUCGCCAACGCGCCGACCCCCACCGCGACGCACGGCGUGAUCCCGUGGAAACGGCACGUUUUCGCCCUCUAUGCCUCCAGCACCAUCAUCUUGGUCCGGAGUAUCUUUCGCGUCGUUGAGUACCUGCAGGGCAACGGCGGCUAUCUCAUCUCCCACGAGGUGUUCUUGUAUAUCUUUGACAUGGUUCUUAUGGUGGUCGUUAUGAGCAUAUUUCUCUUUUGGUAUAUCGAUGACCUGGAAUCGAAAUGGGGGCAUGAUAAGCCGGAGGAAUCGGAGGAACGGGUCGAAUCGCAGGAUGGCAUGCUCGAGGAAUUACGUCCACGUACUUAGAACGCAUGUUUUAAACGUAUAUUUUUUGUGUUUCGAUUAUCUUUGGCGAGGCCUGGCCUGCCCAGCCCGUAGUAACUGGCAUGGCAUUGAGGGUUGGCACCAAAAUACUCUUUUUCAGGGGCCAGCCAGUGGUGGGGUUGGAAGGAAUUCGAGUUCUCCCCCCUUUUUACCACCAAUUCCAAUUCAUUUGGAUGUACAGGUACAUAGAUCAUAUAGAGAUUUAAACUUAAGCAUUUUGUAUUGUAUAUUGAGCAUUCGGAGUAAUGCAUACCCAGGCGGCUGUUCGAUGUCUCAGAGUUUGCACCCAUUCACCGCGUUCCAAGCUCCAUCUAUCCUCCUUCGGGGCUGAUCAUUUCUGUAUUUCUAGGCCAGGCGCGUCAAAGCGUCAAAUCAGGGGAUGAGGGUUCAUUCAUCUCUAUUUUAUUGCUGUACACGGUGAGCUACUCACGCAGCGUGGGAUGUUCCUCGGCCUAGAGAGUAGUCAAAUAUUUUGAUACGGGACAAUAUGUUGAUUACCGUCGGUCUUCCCAAAGAUGUAGCACCAGCAUGCAUAAUUCAGCAGUGACCUAUAUCCAGCGUCCGUAUCCCCCUCACAGUACGCUCUGAAAGAUCUCCAAUAAAUCCAUCAAUCCAAAAACCCCCCUGAUUAGCCUUCAAACACGCAGCCAAUCUCCUCUGCCAGCCAAGUAGUCCACAACUUAUGCUCCUCGUCGAGAAUUUUAUACGCUUUACGUAUGAGCCGUUCGCUCCACCCCUGC